GCUUGCGGCUGCAGAGUGCAUGGUGAGAUGAGGCGGCUUACAAUAAUUUGGAGCCGCGGCCGGUGCUGAGUUUAGCCGGUUGCGGGAUUCUUUAAUUUCUGACAUCAGCCCUCCACAUGGAAGCCGUCCAGGCUGACAACACAUGGGGGCUAAGUGAGGUUAGUUGUAACCUUUUGCAUCUAGGACCAGUACAUAAAAAUACACGAGCAUACAGUUGGGGGAUCUGCACGGCACAAGAAGCUCAACAAAACUUUUGACUUGUUUAACCUGUUGGUGAACCGUCUUGCACGCUAGAGAUCCCACAUGCACAGAAUCUUCUCUGCUGUUACACACAAUGAUUAUUUCAUGCUGUAAUAAAUUGGCAAGCAUAAUGGAGCAGUGACUAGAUUAUCAUAUUUCACAGUGCAUUUCAUACAAAAACUGUAGACUUCUGGUGACUGAACCACUUGAGGGAGCCAAGACAACUUUUAAUUCUUUAGGUGUCCUGUGGAAGUGUGUGUAAUGGUAGCUGAAAGGGUCAGCAUAGAUUUGUGCUCAUUUAAGUAAGUCUGACUGUCUCUAAUAGAUUUUGUGAUUUUUGACCAGAAGACAAGUUGCCAUUAUGUACUUAUGGGAAUCAUUAUAAUCUGAUACAUUAUAAUCGUUUUUCGGUUCGUGGUUCUGCUCCUCAGAAUGUAAUGGAAAGUUUGAUGUAAGUUUGCUUAAGUAAACCAGUGCGCCCCCUCCCAAGUGAAACACAAUAUCUGAUUUACUGAAGGUCCGAGAGAAGCGUGCAACAGGACGUUAAACAGUUGCUUUACUGUAGACUGUAAGAAGACGUGGUGAAAAUAAACAUAUCCAGGGCUCCACAUGCACCAAACUCUGCGUGCAUUAUCUGUGAGCAGUGUCCCUUAAUUGUGAUCUGUGUCUGCAAACCGGGUGGGCCAUCUAGAUGGAGAGCAUUGACUAGUGAUGGUCCAAGCUAAGUGGUGCCAUUCUUAUCCCUAGCACAGGAGCUGGACAGCAGAAGAAAAUUCAAGGAAUAUGGAAAUCUCUGCGCGACAAUGAUAUUUAUUUCUAGGAUGCAUUUCUUCUGGAGUCUGAGGAUCCUCUAGAAGGGUUACCGACCAUCCCGAUUGUUACCCAAGUACUCAAAACAGCUUUCUAGUGUCUCAUUUUCUGGAAGGUCUUUCUUGCUACACGCCGGCAGUCCAUAAAUUGGUUCUGCUGUCAAAGAGACGUGGAACAGUUAUAACAGGGAUACCAGCCGUUACUGUUAGAUUCUUAAUUCUGCACUAAGAGUUGCAUGUUCAGCUAAAAGUAAAGAAUGCAGCAGCUUCCUUUUUGAGCUGAUGUGACCUUUUUUUGCUGAUGUGACCUUUUUUAAAGAUGCAUCCCUGAUGUCCUUUAAAGACCUGCACCUGAUUUGUGUGGUUUGAGCAGGAGAGAUAUGGGUGGGAUCAUUUUUGGGUGCCUGUGUAUUUAAGUGGAGGAUAUCGAUAAAGUUAGUGACCCCCUCCUCUCUGCUGCAGCAGGGAGGGAAAGCAGUGAGCCGAGGCGGCGGCGGCGACGUCGAGCGACGAUGGUGCACUCCGAGCUGCUGCUGCUCGUUGCCCUUGUCUGGGUCUGUGCGUGGACUGACGAUGCUGGCAAGCUCAUAUCCGAUCGUUAUGCUGUCUACUGGAAUAAAAGCAAUCCCAGAUUUCUCCGAGCAGACUACACAGUAGAUGUCAGUAUUAAUGACUACCUAGAUAUCUACUGCCCACACUAUGAGAACCCUCUCCCCCAGGACAGGAUGGAAAACUACAUCCUUUACAUGGUGAGCUAUGAAGGGUAUAUUGCCUGCGAUAAGCAAAAAGGCUUCAAACGGUGGGAGUGCAACCGACCUGACUCACCCAAUGGGCCACUCAAGUUUUCUGAAAAGUUUCAGCUUUUUACACCAUUCUCCCUUGGAUUUGAAUUCCGACCAGGACAUGAAUACUAUUACAUAUCAUUUCCACCCGCUGACAGACUUUGCCUAAAACUGAAGGUUUAUGUUCGUCCAACAAAUGACACCCUGUAUGAAUCUCCAGAACCCAUUUUCACAAGCAGCAACUGUGGUAACAGCCUUCAAAUGUCUUUGCUCUUCUUGGUUGUAACUUUGUUCUUGACUUUUCUCACAUCAUAGCAAUGGAAAAAAAAGAGCACUAGAACACUAUCAAUACCAACAUUUUAUAUUUCUCAGACCAAAAGGCACAGCCAAUGUGAGGAAAGCAAAGGACACAAAGAGAGAUGGUUUAAGAAGGGAACAAAAAAAAACAGAAACUGAUUUUAUGGGUCAUGAAGCCUGUGACCUAUUUUUUAUGAAGAUAAUUUGACUGUGUAACUAGCAGCAUACCAAGAGAGGAAAGAGUUAAAGACUUUGAGAAAAACAGUACAGCAAAAGGGAGACAGAGACAAUCAUUUUGUUGAUUAAAACUUCUUUUGAGUCUGGAAUUUUGCAUACAUUAUUAAGAGACCACAGACACAGUGAACAGUAAUGGGUAGAAGUGCUGCUGUUGCUACCAGGAAGGCAGCACUUCCAAAACAAGUAAAAAGAAUACUUAUUUAGUGGCAAUUGCCACUCAGGACAUCCAGAUGAAUGAAACAAUGUCACUAUUGUACAUUUUUUAACUGUGUUGUUCAAUGCUUUAUCUUUUGCUGUUUUAGGUCAGACAACUCUGGAAUUUGUUUUGUCUUGUUUGGUAUGUUAUGUUGUUAUGCCACUGAUGGACUAACCCACAGGAUGUGGUACUCUGGAUUGAUGAGAAGAAUAGGACAAACUGAGGAGAAGAGCCCACGUAAUGGUAUCACAUCCUGCAGCCGGUGCCAUCUCAGUAUGUGUCUGUCUGCCCUACUUCGCUUCUGCACAGGACUCAGCUGAUAACUACAGCCUAUUUAUUGGAACACAAGACUCAGUUAUAAUGCAAGGUCAUUCACAACCCUCAAAGCACACACCUUGACCUUGUUAUGACUAUUUCUGAGAUAUUGUCUCUCUUAUACUUUUAUUCCAUGUCUGGAUUAAGGAAAGUUACACCAGGGCCAGUCAUUGUCACACCAGCACCCCUAAGUGUAUGCUUAAGUUGCAGAUACUGGACUGGUACUUCUAUCCUGCUUUUUCCCAAAUAGCUUGACACUGAAAUGUAUAAUUUGCAGGCAAGAUGAAUCAUCACCAGGAGAUAUCUGACCUCUGACCUAUGGACCUUAUUCAAGCCUUUUUCAGGUGGACUGCAAUAUGUGAAUAAUACAGAUACAACACACUAUAUUCAGUGUUAAGAAUCAAAACAGUUGAAACUGGGACAUCUGAACUUAACCUGACAUUCUUCAAGAUCUCAUUCUAUGAAAUAUAAUUAAACUGCAUGUUGAGUCAUGGGCUGUGGGAAACUGCACUCAGCUUUGUGUCAAAAGAGAGUCUAGUGCAGAGAGUUAAAAGCAUUUGCCAGUUAUUAAGAGAUAAGAAGCUACAACUUGGAGGCAGGCAGCUGGCAUUAGGAUAACAGCAUCAGUGGUCGCAUUUGCUUUGGUAUGAAAUUAGUGCCGUGAAUGGGUAUUGUUUUCUUAUGAAUUGGUUUCUGGCUAUCUUUACUGUGUUUUAAUUCAUUGGGUAAGACAAAAGCUGUUCCUGCUUUCAGUAUGUAUUUUUGUGGAGUGUAGAGGGUUAUGACAAGUUUCUUUGAUAUAGGGGUGGGACUCACCAGGUUAUGAUCUGACAUAUUUUGGAACUAUUCAGACAAAACAUAAACGUCCAUAGGGUUUUGGGGAAAAGCGAAAGUGUAGAGCUAACAAUUCCCUUUACUUCAUUCUGGAAGAAAGGUGUCUAUGUCUGCAGACUCGUAAUUCAGUUCUUACAGACAUAUGCAUCAUUAUGCUUUAUACACAGAUUGAAGGUAGUGGAAUGCAUAACAUUGGCUCAUGCACAUUUGCCAGUUACUACAUAAUUAUUGAUUACCAUUUAAGAAUGGAUUAGAAGGUCACCUGUAGAUUAAAAGUCUAUUGGGAUAUAACUGAAGGUGGCAGGUGCGUGAAUAUGUAUGUCUGUGUGCCUAAGUAUGAGAAAACACUAGUAUGCACAUAUAUAUGUGUGUGUGUGUGUGUGUGUGUAUGUGUGUGGGGAGUUGUUUGGGUGUGCAUGUGAGAUCAAACACUUGUCUGCAUAUACACAUAUGUACGCAUAUGUGCAUGUGAGAUCAUACACGUGUGUGUGUGUUCACAGUCAUUUGUGGUUUAUGUUUGUGUGUAUGCGUGUGUGUAUGCCUGCACAUAAGUACUGGUAAUAAGUAGGGUUGGGAAGCACUGUAAAACUUUUUUUGCAUGGGGUUGUAAAAUACAGCUUAGCAAACACCAGCACCAUAUAUAAUGUGUACAUAAAAAGCAAAGUGGUUUUGUUUUUAAUUAAUUCUCAUCAUAAAUCAAUGAUGGUCUUGCUUCAAAGUAGAGGAGGAACCAGCUGAGCUGGUGACUUAACUGGGAUACUUAGCAUGUGAGGGACAAUGUCUAUUCCCUUUAAAAUUCUUCUACAAACAGCAUUCUAAUGGAAAUGUAAACAUCAAUCCAUCCAAAAAAAUCACCAUUUACAUUUUUUAAAGAUCUUUGUUGUGUAAGUAUCACUGGGGCAGCUCCUAGCCACUCACAGGCUGGGUGGUAACAACAGAAAUAAGCUGCUUGGCAUGCCUCACCUUUCAUGUGUUUUGUCUUCGACUUUCUUGUUUAUUUUGCCAAAUAAGGUUCUUGGCUCAUCAUUCAAAAUGCAACUUAGCUUUACUCUUAGGUAUACAGCUGUUUUGUUUUAGACACUGUGGCUUGUGGUAACUGAUGACAACAUACUUUGGAUUCUGUAUUUUUUUAUAAUAAAAAUAAAAAGAUACAAUCUUUUGUAA